AUGGCGGCGGCCAUCGCCAGCUCCCUGAUCCGUCAGAAGCGUCAGGCCCGUGAGUCCAACAGCGACAAGGUCGCCACCAACAAGAGACGCACAAGUCCCAGUAAAGACCCAAGGUCUCUGUGUGAGAGACACAUCUUCAGCGUCUUCAGCAAAGUUCGCUUCUGCAGCGGGAAGAAAAGACCCGUGCGACGGAAACCAGAGCCGCAGCUGAAGGGCAUCGUGACGCGUCUCUUCAGUGAGCAGGGCUUCUUCCUGCAGAUGCAGCCUGAUGGAGCCAUCAGUGGAAACAAGGACGAGAACAGCGACUACACUCUGUUUAACCUGAUCCCAGUAGGUUUGAGGGUUGUGGCCAUCCAGGGAGUGAAGGCUGGACUCUACGUGGCCAUGAACGCAGAGGGAUUCCUCUAUACAUCAGAUGUGUUCACAGCAGAGUGUAAGUUCAAGGAGUCGGUGUUUGAGAACUACUACGUCAUCUACUCGUCCACGCUGUACCGACAGCACGAGUCGGGCCGGGCCUGGUUCCUGGGCCUCAACAAGGACGGUGUCAUCAUGAAGGGGAACCGCGUGAAGAAGACCAAACCCUGCUCACACUUCGUCCCCAGACCCAUUGAAGUCUGUAUGUAUAAGGAGCCGUCGCUGCACGAGCUCGAGGAGAAGCUGCUGAAGUCCUCGCGGAGCCCGACGAUUAACACAGCAUCGUCAUCAGUGACUGAUGGACUGAAAGAAAUGAACCAAUCACAAUCCACCGUACUGCCUCUGAGAAAGUCUUCCAGUUUGGGGUUUUUGGGGUCGGACCACGAGGAUUGUAACGACGGACAGAAACACUGACCGUGUCUCACCGUCUCAUCUUUUGGUCCACAGGGACGUUAAAUGUUUGUGAAUGCUCUUCACGUCUGUGAAGCUUCGACACACCAAAACACUCGACAGGAAUGUUGUAACACGAGAGUCCUUUCUAUCACGUCUACUUCUGUACGCCUCCUUCAGGCUCAGAGUCCGACGCGUUUUAAAUAUCUGCUGAUAAAAUCAACACAACAGCGCCGCUGCCUUCACGUCAUGAGAGGAGGAUCAUGGGAACGAAAUUACAAAUGUGGAAUUUAAAGACAUAAUGAAGUUUAUUCUUGUGUCCUAAAAAUCACUGAGAUUUGAUAUAAAGACACCUACUGAUUGAAUUUUUUUUUUUUUUUUGGAUCAUUUAUCAUUUUUUGUUUGUUUAUUUUUCUUUUCCCGACAAAUGCAUUUGUGAAUUCAUAUAAAAAAUAAGCUGAAAGAAAGAAAUCAGAAAGUUUGACUUUGAGGUCAAGUUUAAAAAAAAAAAAAAAUUAUGGAAAAGAAAAGAAACUUUGUGGGAAAUAUAGAGUCAUUUUUGGAAAUGAAUCCAUCGUAGUAUUUUAAGAAAAUGAAAAAUAAUUUGAGAUGAAUUUACAAAACUUUUUUUUUUCUUGUGUCCAAGAAUUACUAAGAUUUCUGCACACAAGAUAUAAAAGUUAUCACCUGUCAGGGUUUUAGGGGCUUCGUACAUGCCAACAAAAAGUCUUUAAAACAUUUAAUUUUAAAUGUAUGAAAAAAUUUAUGAAAAAAAGAAUCUUAAGUUCUUAAUAAAGUUAUUAAAUAAAGUUAUUAUUGAAAAUUAAACCAUUGUAGUAUUUUAAGAAAACGGAGACUGAAAAAUCAUUUUGGGAUGAAUUUACAAAUGCAUUGUGAAACUGAGAUCAUCAGUUUAAACAAAAAAACGCCCUUUAACUCACCCGUCACCAUUUUUUUUUUUUUAUCAUUAUUAUUAUUUGGUAAUGGGUGCAGAAAACAUUUGAGAAUGUCUCAAAGUUUGUACUUGUAUUUAAAUAUGUGUGCGUAAAGUUUUGGGCUUUGUAUCCGUCCACAGUCUUUGUGUAAUCUCACAGUUGAUGAACAUCAUUUAAGCACAAACGUUAUUCAGACAUUCUUAAGUUGUUUCUGCACAAACCUGCAGAGUUCGUCACAAGUUUGUAAAACAAGCACAAACUGGUAUCGCCCAUAAACUGAUCAAGAACGUGAUCAGACAUGUUGACCACAAAGAAUCCGACUGUUACGACCAGGUGAUGAUUUAUUAAUCAGAAAAUGGGAAUUUGAGAAAUUUCCACAUGACGUGAACGCAGCAGAAUCAGAUGUGUAUUGUUUGUGUCACCUGAAGGCAGCGUCAGUGUGUGAACUGAAGUAGAGAGAGUACAAAGGACGCUCUGCAGUUAAAGUCUGUUUUCAGAGAGGACGGCAGCUCCGCUCGCAGGUUUUAAAAUCAGAUGACUUCACAUAACUAACAUUAUAAUCAGUGUGUAUUGGUAGAAACGAAGCCUGUGAGUCGACCUGCUGAACUCUCACUGUAACUUUAUCCAAAAACAAUAAGACACUCGGCCUGUUGCUGUUGCAUGGAGAAGUUCGCAGCACUGCCGACGUCCACCGGCGCAAAACGAUAAUGAUGUCAUUACUGAGCGACAGCGGCCCCUCUGGCGGCCGGUCGGCCCCUCGCAGGUGAACGGAGAGGGGCGGGAGGAUGACGAGCUGUCGCCAUGUCGAAACGUCUUCGUCGAGCCUGAAGUCUCUCGAUCUUUCUUUGUGUUUGCUGAUGUUUGCACCUUUUCUGAGACACCUUCAUAUAACGCAUCAUAUAUUAGAAAAAAGUCAUCGCAAAUACGCAGCAGGAUGAAAAAGAUUAUUGAAAAAAUAAAA